AUGAAAGGUCGACUCGAGUGUGUGGUCUGUCCCCUGGGGGUUUUGUUUUUGUGUUGGAUGGUGUUUUGUAUCCGUGAAAUUAAAGGACAGGCUGCUCUGUACGCACCCCCGGGCCGAUCAGCAAUGUGGGCUUACCUAGGGAACGCGGAGUACGCCUCUCGACUCAUCGCUAAUUUUGACUACACAACAAACCUCAAUUGUGGUGGCAAGAUCGUGACGCCUACUACCUAUCAGACAUCGUGCGGUCCCUGUGGUGACGCAGUGGACCCCACUAACCCCGCGGCGGUUAGGUCCAAUGAGGCACCCGGGGGUGAAUACGCUAUCGGUGAAGUGGUAUGGUACUAUCACGAGGGCGCCACCAUCAAUGUCACACUUGAUGUUCGGACACCCCUAGCAGGCGGAUUUUACCAAUUUGCCUUGUGUAAAACGGAUGCUUCUACAAUUGUCACGCACGAUUGUUUUUCACAUAAAUUGACUUGGGCAAACACAGGACAGACGACGAUCCCGGCACCGACUUACAGCGGAUAUGCAACAUAUACUCUUCAACUUCCGGUCGGUCUUACGUGUGAUAAUUGUGUACUUCAGUGGAAAUGGAUAGACGGAGCUUACACGUGCCAAAUGUUGGAUAUGCUGGUUUGUGGCCCCACAGUGACCAAUUGUGCCGACAUUGCCAUAGUGCCACAGGGGACACAGUUCCCUCAUCACUUCGACUGGCCCCGUUACGACGAAUAUGCUAGUAUAUUCUCCGCAGACGGAAACCCAGGGACCUUGCCCCAUCAUACAACGUCCGCUGUUGUUCUGACAACUGCAUCUCUCAAUGAUGUAACUACUGCUGGAACUGUUCCCACCAUAGCACCAACGACCAAUCAAAACACACCAACCACCACACGAUCGGCAACUAUCGUCACACAAACCUCUCCUACAACUGUACAAGCCACACCCUCUGUCACAGAAACCACGUCUGCCACCACCACACGCCCGCCGAUUAUUAUCGUUCUGACAACAUCUAGACCGGCGGAACAAGUUAGCUCGACCAGAGAGCCAGAACCAACAAGUGGCGUAACCAUUUCUACCAUUAGUACAACCACCGUCAGCGACACCACCCCUCAGGCUGCUCGGCUGGUACAACCACAGGUCGCAGCAGCUGCUGCCAUAGUUCCAAGUGUUUUAGGUGUAACAAGCAUUCUGUCUGGACAAUCAGGACUUGGUAUUAUAUUUCUUUUGCUUGCAUUGUUUGCCUCUCAAAUGAAAAAUCAUCUUCAGCCGUUUGGGGGCGUGUCUAAUUCUGGUUUUACCCUACCCAGAAUUUCCCCUGCAUAUUCGUCGUGGAAUACCUACGUUCCUAGUCUUCAAUGGUAUGGACAGUCAUAUACUGGUCUUAACAACGAAUACACACGAUUUGGUACAAUACAUCAGCCGUUUGUACGAUAUCCAUUCGGACAUUACUACGUCAAUAACGAAAACGUCCAAAACAUUCCGACUGGAUACCCAGAAAGAUUUGUUGGUAAUGAUUUCAGGGGAAUCAGCAAUGUUGGAAACAAUCGUCAAUUCAUAAACGGUCACCCACAAGGAAAUAGUGGUUUCUUUAAUAGCGGAGUACACAAUGGCGGCAAUUACCCACAAUCCAAAAUUAAAUAUCCGAAUAGAAAUGGCGGCUUCUUUACUAAUGGAGUACAUAAUGGCGGAAAUUACCGACAAUCCACGAAUAGAUACACGAAUAGAAAUAGUGGUUACGGUACCAAUGGUAUCAAAUCCAGCAACAGAAAUUCCGGAUAUAGCAAAAAUAUUAAUUAUAACAAUCAGUGGAACACAAAUGCGAAAAACAAUAAAAUGUACAACGGAAACAGUUAUGGUAAUAAUGCGAACAGAAAUCAGAGGAAUACAAAUCAGCAGUAUGGGUUUAAUAAGGGAUAUGGGAAAUCCACUUACGGCAACAGCGGUCAGAACAAUAGAAAUUACAACCAGAAUAGCCACAGUCUGUCACGUGGUAUGAUUGCCGAGUACGAUAAUGACCCCGCCCCCUCGGUAAUGAAAACGCCCGAAUCAGGGCCGUGCCUUUGUCGAGGGAGGCUCGAGGUCUUCACAGUGUACUGUAUGAACUACGGUGACAAUCGGAUUGGAUGUGAAAAGGAGGGAGAUAUAUGUUUCUGUAAGAACGAAGUAAGAUAG